AUGCAUAGCGCACCCAAAACGGAAAUAUCCAAAAAUAAUUUAAACUUUUUCGGAUCGUUUUACUCCAAAUAUGGAAAAAAAAACAACAACGAUGAGGUAAUUGCGAGCGAGCAGCCCGUGACAGAGGAAAAUUUCACCAACGCGAAAAAUAAUUCCAACCAGAACGCCAGCAGCAGUAUCAGCAUCAGCAGUAACAUCCUUAGCAGCAACAUUCUUAGUACCAAUCUCCUCAGCAGCAACCUCCUCAGUACGAACCUCCUCAGCACCAACCUCCUCAGCAGCAACAGCAACCAAGGCGAAAGCGAACAUGAUCAUGACCUCUUCAUGGAGAGCGAACAAGACUACGGCUCACAUAAAAAUCCCUACAAAUCGGCCAAGCUGUUUUACGACAAUAAUAUGCCGUUCGAAACGAGCGCAAAGAGCAGCAAAAGCUUAUUGGACAAGAAUUAUUUCUCCAUCGCACAUGCCUCCAUCUUCCCCUCGGAGGGCUUUCUAGGCGCGAAUAGCGGCAAUAGUGGCAGUAGCGCCAUUAGCGGCAAUAGCGGCAAGAACGCCCCCAAUCGAAAGAACGCCCCAAGCCGAAAGAACAGCAAAAAUAGCGACGACAUCUACGACGCGGAUCACUACGUAAACAACAGCAGUUACAUGAAUAGCCAAAAUAAAUUUUCGAAAUUUUUGGAGGCCUUUCAAAACGUGGAUGGUAGUGAUGAUUAUGACACCUUUGACAUAUUUGGCAUUAACAAGCCGAGGGCCAGCCAGGGCUACUCUUCGGUCAGCGGCGCGAGGAAAACGGAGAAAGGUGUGCCAGCCAAGGAGGAAGAUAAGGCGUCAGCUGUGGUCGAUGCCGCUACUACCGCUGUACCGGAGGAUGCGCAGCCCCAUCAGGCAAAAGAAGACGAUCAAGUGAGUGGCGGUCAGAAGGGGCAGGCGGCCGUUCAGCGCGAAAGCAAAGCGGGCAGUAGGCACCGCGAGGUUGAGUGCGACCCGGGCUCCGAUCGCUGCCCAGGGGGUAGCGCCGAGCACAGUGGAGAGUACAUCGGCGAACACAAUGGAGAGUACAUCGGAGAGCAUACUGGCGAGCAUUGUGGCGACCACAAUGCCCAGUCAGACGAGGCGCACCAAAACAACCCCACAGAAACGCACUCCGGGGAGAAACACACAUAUGACGAGAAAAAUUUUUACUACGAUAAAUUUCUGCUCAAGAAUUUCUUCUCCAAAAUAUCAAAGUUCAUAUCGAACAAUAAUGAAGAAGGAGGAGAUGGAAGUGGAGGUGCAGGAGGGGGAAAGUAUGAGGCGAAAGAAAUGGGGAGGGAUGAUGACCACCUCGGUGUAUCCUUUAGCAGAAGAUGUGAGAGCCUCAAUUCGUACAGCUCUCCAUACGAAUUGAAGGAAUAUUUUGAUAAUAAUGAAAUGAAGAGCCAAACGGAGAAGUUGAGAAGUGCUCUGGAAAGAUUCGACACAUGGGAACCUUUCCCACCCAGUGAGGAAAAGAACAAAUAUGAAAUGACCAACGAGGUUAGUGACAGGUGCAGCCGAGGGGAGUCCCAUAAGAAUGAUAAGGUAGGGAGGUCUGAGCGGGCAGACAGACCAGAGACAAACCAACAUGCAAAUGUACAGAGCCAGUAUGCAAAUACGCAGACGGAAAAUAGUGAAAAUCGAUCGGACGAAAACAGGAGCGAUUAUAACUCCACCAAAUGUUAUCACUAUGUGAGGAACACGGACCAACCGAACGAGGACUCGUUUAGUGAUUCAGGCGGGAAGGAAGCAACCCAGGGGAAAUGCCAUGCUUGCGCGAAUGAGGAGGGACACGAGGAACAGGAGGAACACUCGUACGUCAUGCGCAUGGACGAUCAGCAAAUGGGCGGCGAAGAGGCCAAGGAGGAAGGGAACACUGCCUCGAACAAAAAGGGAUACCACAGGAGUGAUUAUCAAAAUAAUAAGCACAUGUCCCUUAGCGAUUUGAAACACUUCCCAAGCAUAAGUUAUUCUGGUAAACAGGAUGGGCCCGACUUUUUUCGCAACAAAGAAAGUUUGCAUAAGUACUACUCCAUGCUGCACAAACUUCCAAAAAAGGAGACCAAGACGUCUGCCUCGCCCAGCAGUGUCUGUCUGGUGGGUGGAAAGAGCGACGGUGCAAACAGGCAGGGGAGCGAAAACAUUGGCCCAAUUGAUGCCGGCGAUGAUAGUGGAAACGGUGCCCAUGAGAAGAACGAAAAUGGAGAGGAUAGGAACCAUGACGACUGCAGAACUGAUGACAGCGCCCAGAACAGCGGCGAUUACGAGGACAUCUGCAUAAGUGACGACAACCACGACGGGAACAGCGCGGAACUGCUGAAAAGCAACUCAGAUGGGGAAAACGAUUUUGCACAUAACCCUGACGGGGUGAGCGGAGACAGCUUGGCGAACAACAAUUCGUAUUUGCAGUCCGCAAAUAGAAGCUACGCAUACAAUAAAUUAAAACACGAAAAAGGUGCCUAUGGCAGGGUGGGCAGCCAGAAGGGGAACCUCGUCAAUUACUCCUUUGUGAAUAGCGGCACGUUCAACAAGGAUUCAGUCAGCGUUGAGAGGGGCGAGCAAGAUGUGGAUGCCGAUGUGGACGCGGACGUUGACGCCGACGUCGAUGUGGACGUCGAUGCCGACUGCUAUGCCGACUGCGACGAAGACUGCAGCGGUGACUGUGGUGGGGAAGGCUCCCGGGGAGGUGACCGUACCACGUGCAUUAAACCGUUUGGGCGUGUGAAGGACCCCGACUGCGGCCACAGCGAUGCUAGCGGCGGCCCCACUGGAGAGAUGAACACGACGUGCAAUCCCUACGUUAAGAAACGCUCCUUUAAAAAGGAAAUGUACAAACAGCCAUAUGACGAGGUGUGCAAAAUUAGCAGCAAAUAUGACACCUUUGAUUUUGGCAUUUUCCAGGGAGACAAACAAAUUCUUCAUUAUAAGGAUAGCCUAAUAAGGGACAAAGCCCCCCAGGAGGAAUGUGCGUGCUGCGGUUCUGGCGCGCGCAAGGGGGGGAAGCACAAGAGUGCACAGGGCGCGUGGAGGAAGCGCGGGGAUGAGAGCGAGGUGGAUGGCGGGGAAGUAGAGGAGCACCUGCAUGAAGGGUAUCACGCGGAUGAGCACGAGGAUGAGGACGAGCACGAGGAUGAGGACGAGCACGAGGACGGGCACGACCAGGAUGACAAUCGCGAUGACCAUCUGGAUGGCCACCACCGAGACGACUUGCUGUUCUGCAUGGCGCCGUACGGCCGGGCCAGCGGCGGAAAGUUCGGCACGCCCCCCAGGAACAAAUUUAACCUCUUCAACAACUCGAACGCGUUUGAGUGCAGCCAGGGCAGCUGCGGGGAGAGCUGCUCCCCGGGAAAUUGCUCCCCGGGAAAUUGCUCCCCGGGAAAUUGCUCCCCGGGAAAUUGCUCCCAGGGGAAUUGCGCCCAGGGACAUUGCUCCCAGGGACAUUGCUCCCAAGAAAAUUGCUUCCAACAUAAUUGCUUCCAACACAAUUGCUGCCGGGGUGGUAGCUAUCAGAGCGGGAACUGCCAGGAGGACUGCUGCAGGGGGAGCCGCGGCCCGGAUAAAUACCGCAUGCGGUACGGCGAGCGCGCGAUGAGCGGCAACUUCUCGGACGGGGGGAAGAGCGUGGAAAGGCACCUGACAAACGUGCGGAGCGACAAAAAGGCGGCCUACAGCAACCCAUUCAACCUGAACAGCAGCAUCGCGUACAACCUCUACCGCACGGGCAGCAAAAAUUAUUUCCCCAAAAAUCGCUAUGAUCAUAUUGGCAAGGAAAACUGUGCAAACCAUAUGAUGAAAAAUUAUUUCGACGUAAAAAUGAAGGAAAGCAAAAAUGAAGAGAAAAAAACGGCAGCGUUGGGCGAACAAAAUAUGAGUAAUUUUAAGGGGGCGUUUGUUUCCCCGCCGAACAUGAACAAUUUGAAAGGGCAAAAAUGCUCCGCCCAAAAUGACGCAUAUUUUUAUAGCAACAAGAAGAAAGCGGAAGAAAAAUUUUUGAUUACGAAUUUGUACGAAGAGGUCGAUUAUCCCAGCAGGGGAAUAGGAGGUGGCGGGGCAGUUGGCCACGUGGGAGGAGGAGCAGUUGGCCACGUGGGAAGCGGGAUGGUUGGCCGAUUAGCCAUCGACUCCGCGCCUGCAGGAGGAGUACCGUCAGCAAUUAUGAUGACACCCUCAUCAUCCGCGGGAAAGGGAACAACGACCGGCGUGACAGCAGGCGCCGCCAUGACGUUCGGUUCGUCCCCCGUGAAUGCAGGCGAUUGCUGGAUGAACAGGCAAAAAAUAAGUGUAAGUAGCAACAAAAUUGAAAUCGUUAGGAAAAACGAUAUGAAUUAUAAAAGGAGAAUUAUCGACUCCUCGCGAACUAUGGUAUCAAAUAAAUACAUGCAACAUUAUGGCAGCAACAGCUUAGCGCUACCCACUGGCAGUUAUUACCACGACUCACUUGCCAAGUGUAAUGGCUUGUAUGAUCAUCCCGCUAACAGCAGAGGUUUGAAAAUGACUUCCAAAACGAAUAACCUAAUGAUGGUCGAUCCAAAUGGCCUUUCAAAUAUGCGCACAAAAAUACCCUCAGAAAAAACGCACGCAAAUCUGUACAACCAUGUAAUAGAUGUAGAAAAAUUACAAGAAAAAAAAUAUCGAAUGUAUAAGCAAUUAAAUAUGAGCAGCAGGGGCAGGAAAAACCGCAACGAUAUUAUCGACUUGGAGGACGUGCACGAGCGCAGCGGCUGCGAUGUGUACAGACGAACUGCCGCCAUCGCGGCGAACGCGGCGAGCACCGCAAACGCGGCGAACAUUGCGAAUGCCGCAAACGCCUCCAACAGCGCCAACGCCGCGAACUUCGAUUACGACUGGAAGAAGGAGAAUUUUUUUAAAAAGAAAAGCGCGCUGCUGAACUUUUACAAUGACGCCGAGGAGGACAGAGCAGCCAAUUCGUUCUUCCCCUGUGGCAAAAAACGGGAGCAAAUGGUCAACUACAUCAUCGAUGUGGAUAAGGUGUACGAAGACGACAAGUACAUGAUGAUGCCCUACGAGGGGGUGAAGCGCAACCACAUGGGCGCCAUGAUGGAGGGUGCAGGGGCGGGCGCCUUUAGGAGCGGCUCCAUGAGUGUGGCCCAAAUGGAACGGAGAAGGGGCGAGAGGAGGCUGACUCCCCUGCGCGAAUGCCAAAGGGAGCUCCUCCACCACCAGCAGCGCCAGCAGCAACAUCAGCAACACCUGCUGUACAGCAGCAGCGGCAACUACAAAAUGAUGAUGGAGAAGUAUAAUAAGAGCCUUUUGCUAAACCCCCCCAUGGACGUGCCAUCUGUUAACAAGUACCCUAGCGCGAGUGAGUACAUCAUGAAGGGUAAGGGAGGAGGGGGAGGAAGUCCCAUCGGGGAUUACCCCCCGAAUGAGCAAAUCCGCAGUGGCAGCGGAACAGGCAAAAGGGGAAGAGGCAGAGGAAGGAGAAGCCUUUUUUAUAACAAGUACCCACUGGGAAGAGGAGACCCACACGAUGACGUAAGUGCGAGCGAAAUGGGGGGUGCAUCUGCAGGAGUAAUGCUAGGUGGAAGAGGUGGUGCCCACGGAGAUGAGAGCGAGACUGACGAAAAUUACACCGAUGAUGAACAUGGCCGAAAUCCGUAUCGAGCAGAUCGAAAUGAUAGCAGCAGGAGGAGAAAGUUGAGUAAACUCUGCCGCGACCAAAGGGUCCUCUUCAGUAGGCACAACAGUGCAGGCAUGUCGAGAAAACUUCCACACGCUGAGCUGCUCCACAGAGGGAAAAACAGAGCAAACCAAUUGGAAGAGGAUGAAGAAAGCGAUUAUUACAUGUACAACAAAUACGGGUUUAAAAAAAAAAAAAAAAAAAAAAAUCAUCACCAUCUGCAUAGUAGAAGUCGAGGCAGGAAUUACAGCCACCACCGCAGCACACUCAAUGAAGAUACCCUUUGCAACAAAAACGAGUUGGAAAAAAUAACUCAAAUUGAAAAUAUCAUUUCCAGAAAAAUGAAGUUGAGCAAAAUGAGAAGAGAAGCCGCGAACAACAACAAACUGAGCAGCGGAAAUAACAAUUUGGCCAAUCCAGACGACGAGGAGGAAGAUAGCGACUUAUAUAAUAACAUCGAAUUUGAUAGAAUCAAAAUAGAAAAUAUCCUCGACGGAACAAUUAAGCUAGACAAUAAGGAUGAAAAUAUUAUUAACAAUAUACUAGAAUUGGAGAGGAGAAAAUACACCAUCAAUUGUAUUAUGGAAAAGCUCAGGAAGAGAGAAAACGAUUGUAAUUAUUUGCCAGAAAUUGACAGGGAAUUUAAACAAAGAAUUAAUUCUAAUGUGUAUGACCUUUAUUCGGAUAAAAGCACCUACAAUAUUUAUAACACCAAAAUGUGCGUGAAUUAUUUUCUUGAGGAAAAAAUGCACUCCCCGGAGAAUAAAGAAUUUAUAAAAAACUUUUUCGUCGAAAACACCACCAAGAAUAUUUACUUCGUACAGGUGUUUAAAAAGAAGAAGAAAAAAAAAGGGGGAGCAGGGGUCCCUGUGGAAAAGAACUACCCAGGGGUGGAGAAAAUUGACCAAUUGGACGAACAAGUUGGAAAUGAGGGAAGCAUGGCGAAGGAAGCAUGCAGUGGUGUUGCCCCCCCAGUGCAGCACCUGCCCUGUUACGCCGUUGCAGUAGGUGAGGAGGCCCUGGAGGAAAACGAGAAGAAGUACGACGUGGAGGAGGGCACAGAGGGAAAGUUGGGGGAGGCUGACAAGAUUGGCGUAACCGAUGGGGAAGUUACCGGAGCAGCUACCGGAGCAGUCACCGAACCAAUCCCCGGCGAAGCGUCCGACCAAGCCGAGGACAACUGCGCCGAGCCGGAGGGAAACGGAGGGGCCAGAGACCCCCCGAAGAGUGAGCACAAGAUGAAUUACUUCAACUACCAGCUGAGCUUCAUCAAGCGGAAGUUUUGCAGCGCGGAGAAGGACGAGGGCAAGAAGGAGGACGCGCAGGAGGGGGAGCAACUGGAGCGGGAGCAGCAGCCGGAGCAGCUGGAGAAGCUGGAUCAUCCACCGCAACCACCGCAACCACCGCAGCUGCAGCAACUGCAGGAAGAGGAUGUGCGAGCCCAGAUGCCGACGCACCCCCCACUGGACAGCCGCGAAAACGAAAAGAUGGAAGUAGCCGACGAGGGUUUCGAGUUCUCGAUGGGCAAGUUCCUCGGCAGGAGUGAGCAAACUGGGGAAGGCAACACCGAAUUGGAGGAGAAGCAAACCAAGGGGAUAGCCACGGAAGGGGUAUGUAAAGAAGGCCUACACGGGGAACUCCACCAGCACAUCCUCCAUCCAGGCAGCGAAGACCCCUCAGGGGAGGAAAUACAACACCCCAUUUCCAGAGCACAAGGACUAAAGAGACACCCCAACGAAGACGAAACGGAGGAUGAUUUCGAGGAAAGAGAAAACCUAAUCGACCAAAUGAUAGGAAUUAGCAAAGACGAUAGGGAUGAAGAAGAAAAAAAAAGGGAAACCGAACACAGCUUCGACAGCGUAAUAAAUGAAGAAAUGGCCGAAAAUGAGGAAAGCAAAUUUGGAAACUUCCCUCUGCAGGAAGAGUUGUUCAGCGCGAUGAAAAUGACCGGAGCGCAGAUCAUCAUGGGGAACGAGGAUGAUUUGGACGAGUACGACGAGGAUGAUGAUGAGGAGGAGGAGGAGGAAGAAGAAGAAGAGGAAGAGGAGGAUGAGGAGGAGGAAGAGGAAGAAGAGGAAGUGGAUGAAGAAGAGGAUAUAGCGGAGGAAGCGGCAGAAGCGGAGGAGGCGGAGGAGGCCGAAGGAAACGCCGCAGUGAACGCAAACGGGAGUGAUAAGGAGAAGAAUGGCGAGGCGAAUGAAGUGAAAGCCGCGGAGGACGUGACGGAUGAGAAGGACAACGGCGAAGGGGUGAAGCCAGAAGCGCGCCCCGCGGAGGAAACAAAGGUGGGCGAAGCUAACGCUGCCCAAGCGAGAGAAAACGCCUGCGAGGGUGGAGAAGCGGCGGGAGAGAGGGAAGGAGAGGUGAAGAGGGAAUGCAACGGAGAGAACGAAGAGGAAGAAACAUCCCAAAGGAAGGAAGCAAUAAAUUUGCAGAGUGGCGAAACGAUUACUCCCCCAUGCGCAGAUGAGGGUAAUGAUGAGAAGGCAGCCAGGGUGAACACAGAAAAGGAGGUGAUUGAAAUAAUUGAGGAGGAACCGAACCAGGACAAGUCCUACUCUGACAUUAAACUGAUAGUGGAGGAUAAAAAGGAGGAGGAGGAAGAAUUCGAAGAGGUCAUCGAAAAAAGAAGCUGCACAAAGUACAGGAACAAACACAACAGCAAUAGUGAAAGUUACUUCCCCUAUGACCAUCGCGAUAAUGUGAAGAAGGAACACGAGAAUUUUACACAGCAUAAUAGCAGUCUUGGAAUGCUAAAUGGGUUUACCCUCAAAAAGGGAGAACGCGGAGGAGGCGAAUUCUACACCCAUUUGGAGAACGCGGACGAAGAAGUAGAAGCAGAAGAAGACGUAGAAGACGCAGAGGACGUGGAAGAAACACCCGAGUAUAAGCAAUUUAAAAAGCAAAUCGCAAUCAUGGACAGCAGCAUGCACAAGGAGGAAAAGGAGGAUGAAAGGAAAGCCAAAGAAAACGAACAGGAUAAACAGCAAAGAAAUGAUAACAAUUUGUCUACACCGGAAGAACAGUUAAUGAAAGGCACAACCGGAGGAGGUAACUCCAACUCCAUGAGCAACAUGAAUGGGAAAAACUUCUUCAUCAAAGACAUGCUGCAUGAGAAUAACCAGUACGUGCACGACUACUGCGAUAUUGAAGACAGCACAAAGUACAAAAUGCUAGAUGUAGCUAAGAAGAACCAAAUUGAGAAAAUAAAAAAAAAAAUAAAAAAAAAUAAAAAGCUAACGAAGGAAGAUUUUAAGCUAUUAUCCGAGUUGCUACAUCACAAAUUUUUACUAAACGAAAUUAGUGCCAUAGGUAAUUACGAAGUGAAUUACAAAAACUGCUUUGACAUCCUCGAAUUAGAGGAAUAUAAACUGAGGAAGGACGUGCUGAACAUGCACUGUGAGUGUCUCUCCAUAGGGCUGACCACCCAUGAGAGGGAAUUCCUCAACGAAUUCCAGUUGUUCAUGCCAGACAUCAACAUCAUGGACGAUAAAAAUAUUCUGUACAUUUUGAGGCACUCCAAAAAUGAGAAGAAUUGCGUGUUUAAAUGUUUCCUGGGCGAGAAGGAGAGCUCGUAA